AUGGGUUCGAAUCCCAUCAAGGUGCACAAUAUUGAUAAUAAGGACUUUUUCCUUUCUUCCUCAGGUCUCUUCCCACACAUCUUCAACCUUGCCACCAGGGCCCGCAUCACCACCAAUGCAACCUGCGGCGAGAGACAACCCGAGAUGUACUGCCGACUGGUGGAGCACGUCCCCAUGGGUGAGAUGCAGAUGGAGCCAGACCACGCCCAGUGCCAGCUCUGCGACGUGUACAGCCAGGAUCCCACACAGAGGCAUUGGAUCUACAACGCCAUCGAUGGGACUAACUCCUGGUGGCAGAGCCCUACCUUAGCCAAUGGGAAGCAUUAUCACUGGGUUACGAUAACGCUGGAUCUACAACAGGUCUUCAAUAUAGCCUACAUCAUUGUCAAAGCAGCUAAUGCCCCCCGACCUGGCAACUGGAUCCUAGAACAUUCAAUAGACGGUAUUAACUUCAAUCCAUGGCAGUAUUACGCCAUCUCUGACGUGGAGUGCUUACGACUUUACGGCAUUGCCCCAGCUAUUGGGAUGCAUCGAUUUAUCAGAGAUGACGAAGUCAUCUGCACCUCGUAUUAUUCCCAGCUUGAGCCACUCAGUAAUGGCGAGAUUCAUACCUCAAUUGUGAACGGCAGGCCGAGUCGACGAAACCCGAGUGAGACGCUUAUGAAAUUCAUGGCUGCAAGAUUUGUGAGGCUACGAUUUCAGAAGAUCCGUACACUCCAUGGGGGUCUGAUGGCUUAUGGGAAAAACGGCUUCAUUGACGAGAACGUACACCGACGGUAUUUCUACUCCAUCAAGGAUAUCUCUAUAGGAGGGCAGUGUAUAUGCUUCGGUCAUGCCAGCUCUUGCAUACAAGACCCAGAAGUAGCACCAGAUCAACCGGUGCUGAAGUGUGUCUGUGAGCAUAACACCUGCGGUGAAAGCUGUAAUGAAUGCUGCCAGGGAUUCGUCCAGAAAACUUGGAAGCCAGGCAGUAGGGAUCAGAGCAAUGAGUGUGAACCAUGUAACUGUCACGGCCACUCUGAUACCUGUUACUAUGACGAGGCAGUCGACAUGGCCCAUCAAAGCCUGGAUAUCCAUGGUAACUAUGAAGGGGGCGGAGUCUGCGUCGGUUGCCGUGAUGGCACCACGGGGAUCAACUGUGAGAUGUGCGUUGAUGGGACGUACAGACCGCUGGGAAUAGAGACUAACGAUCCACAACCCUGUGUCCCUUGUGAUUGCAGUGUUGUGGGUACUCGUAGAGACGAUACAACCAAUAGGCUGCUUGUCUGUGCCAAGGAUGAAAGCCGAAUGUAUGAGGGCUUGAACCCAGGUGAUUGCUUCUGCAAGCCAGGCUAUGCCGGUCAGCGAUGUGAUCAAUGUGCAAGAGGUUACUUUGGUUAUCCAUACUGCCAGCCGUGCCAAUGUAACCUGGCAGGCAGUCGCAACCCAGAUGCCUGCGAAGGACCAUGCGACUGUAAAGAAAAUGUGAUUGGACAGAGUUGUGAUCAGUGUAAAUCCGGGUACUUCAAUCUAAAUGAGGAAGAUGAAGCAGGGUGCACAAGGUGUUUCUGUUUUGGCUUGUCCACUGUGUGUGAGAGCAUACCCUGGGGUAUUGAAAAGAUCAGAGACAUGAAUGACUGGAUUGUUACCAAUCAAGAAACCUCUGCUUAUGUAACCCCACGCAUCGCUGGACCAAACAUGAUUGCCAUCAACCAUCUGGAGGCUAGGAAGCAGCUGCAGGCCGAUAACUACUUCUGGCGUGCCCCCCGACCCUACCUGGGAAAUAAGCUGACUGCCUAUGGUGGCCGGCUUCAGUUCGCAGUGUCUUACAAGGAUCAACCUGGCAAACAGGCCGACCCAACAACAGAUAUUGAUGUCAUCAUGGAGGGUAACGGCAUUUCCAUCUACAAAAACUCGCUGGUAGUCAUGCCUGAUACCAAGGAGACGGUGGUGAUAACAAUGACAGAGCGUGAUUGGCACCGGUUAGCUCCUAACACUGACCUGGGGGAGGGGUCACGAGGACAACCGGCCACCCAAGCCGACUUCAUGUCCGUGCUGAGUGGGUUGGAAAAACUGAUGAUCCGGGCGGUGUACAGCUCUGGUGUGGUAGAGUCUAGACUGAGUGACGUCAGUUUGGAAACGGCAUCUGAAGAAGCGACUGAUCCUGGCAUCUUUGCAAGCAUUGAGCAGUGUACAUGCCCUGCAUCAUAUGAAGGGCUCUCUUGUGAGUCCUGUGAAAUCGGAUACAGGCGAGUCGACGGUGUACUUCUGAAUGGGAUCUGUGAGCCGUGUCAUUGCAACAACCACGCCACGGAGUGUAGUGACUUCACUGCAGAGUGCUUCGAUUGCGCCCAUAACACAACAGGCCCCCACUGUGAGUUCUGUGCCAUUGGGUUCUAUGGCUACUCUGUCCAGGGCACAAUACGUGACUGCCAGCCAUGUGCCUGUCCGCUACAAAACCCAGAGAACAAUUUCAGUCCAACAUGUGUAUCUGAUCCCAAGUUUGGCUACGUGUGCGAUUCCUGCCCCAGUGGCUUCACUGGCCCAAGAUGUGAGCGAUGUGCUGAUGGUUUCUAUGGCAACCCUAUGGAGGACGGAGGUUACUGUCGCCCCUGUGCUCCUCUCUGUAACAACAACAUCAACCCGGAUAUUCCGGCGAGUUGCGACACACUGACUGGAGAGUGUCUGAUCUGUAUUGGUGAUACAUGCGGGUCACAUUGUGAGCAUUGUAGAGAUGGGUACUUUGGAGAUGCAAUCAAAGCUAAGAAUUGCCAAGAGUGUCGUUGUGAUGAAGAUGGAGCAAUCUCCUCCUUCUGUGAUCGUGAAACAGGACAGUGCGAGUGUAAACCCAACGUCAUUGGGCUAUCGUGCGAUCAGUGUGCUCCUGGCUUUUGGAAUCUGGAAUCUUUACUUGGCUGUCAGUCAUGUGACUGUAAUCCUGUGGGUUCAUUGGACGAUACAUGUGAUGUCAUGACUGGCCAGUGUCGAUGUAAGCCAGGAGUGACUGGGAUGAGAUGUGACGAGUGUGAGCUGGGAUACUGGAACUUAAGUGAAACAGGAUGCCAAGCUUGUGAUUGUGAGUUCAGCGUGUGGUGUAAUCCCGUCAACGGUCAGUGCUCUUGUCCGCCAAACACCGUCGGUCAGAGAUGCGAGAGCUGUGCUGAUGACCACUGGGGCUAUGACAUUCACACUGGAUGUAAGCCAUGUAACUGCAGCGCUGAAGGUUCCUCAAGAUCUGACUGUGAUCCAACCAAUGGACAAUGCAGCUGUAAGAGGAAGUUUGUCGGGCGCCGUUGUGAUGAGUGUCCGUUUGGUUACCGUGACUACCCGAGAUGUAAGCGAUGCAAGUGUGACGAAGUUGGAACUGACCCUACCUCUUGCCAGAAUGGAAUGUGCCAGUGUGCUGAUGAUUCACAAUGUGCCUGCAAGGCCAACGUGAGAGGGAAGAAGUGUGAUAAAUGCAUCAAUAAAUCCUUCAGUCUGCGGGCAACUCUACCGGAGGGCUGCACGAGCUGUUUCUGCUUUGGGAUCACCGACAACUGCAGACAGACUGACUUAGUCAGGAAAGACUUAAGGAUGUCGUCCAGAACCAAUGACUUUUCCGUCAGUGACGUUUUCUACAGCGUACCAACCCAACGUGGUGUUACAUUCACCACAGAGCGUGUUGAUCUUAAUGCCACCGAAGCCUUUCUCACUCUGAAUGUAGACGAGCUUUACUGGAAUCUACCCAUUGCUUUCGUUGGAAAUAAGGUGUCGUCAUAUGGAGGCAAUCUUAGUUUCACCCUGGCCUAUCGACUGAAACCGCCAUCCAUCUCGCCAGUGGAUUCCACGGUAGACAUUAAGAUCCUUGGCGUUCGCUAUGCAGUCACCCUAGACACGCCAGAGCUACUCCCUGAUGUUAAACAAGCAUUCAGUAUUAAACUACUGGAGCACAACUUUCAGCUCCAGCCUUUCGGCAGACAGCCAACCAGAGAAGAGUUCAUGAUGGUUCUACAAGACAUCCGAGCUAUCCUCAUCCGAGCAACAUACGGACCAGAUACUGUCUACUCACUCAUUGACGACGUUGUUCUAGAGACCGCUGGUCCAGUCAGGGGUGAUAUCAGUGGUGACCCAGCCAUUGGAGUAGAGCAAUGUGACUGUCCCACCGGCUACACUGGGCUGUCAUGUGAACGCUGUGAUUCAGGUUACUUCAGGUUAUCUGGUGGAGACUACCUUGGCACCUGUGUGCCCUGCGUCUGCUUUGGACAUUCCGAUAUCUGUGAUGAUAGGACAGGCCUGUGUGAGGAUUGUCAGCACAACACGACCGGCCAACAAUGCAACAUCUGUGAUGUUGGUUUCUAUGGCGAUGCAACAGGUGGUACCCCGUCUGACUGCAUGCAGUGUGCUUGCCCAUCCCUGGAUCCUGCCUAUAACUUCAGUCCAACAUGCAUAUUAGAUCCAUUGGAUGGUCAACACAGAUGUACAGAUUGUCAAACAAGCUACUUUGGGAGAUACUGUGAUAGCUGUGAUGACGGUCAUUACGGUGACCCGACCACACCCGGUGGCACCUGUCAGCCCUGUGAUUGCAACACCUACGGUUCAAUCUCAUCAGUCUGUGACAAGACUACAGGUGACUGUCUGUGUGUGGAGGGAAUCACUGGGGAAAACUGCGACCAGUGUGACGAAGGGUCGGGAUACGUCGUCACUGAAACAGGAUGCUCAUCCUGUUAUGGAAACUGCACUGGCCUCCUCCUGACAGAGCUAGACCGUUUAGAGCAACUUCUUCAGGAACGCAAUUUCUCCAACAUUGUUGUAGCUCCCUGGGAAAAGUUACGAGAGAUGGAAAAUGCUACCAAACUCAUUAAGAAGAGAAUUGAAAUGCAAUUGGAAGCUCUCAACAUCACCAGGGAACUACUUCAAGACUUGCCAGACGCAAGCAGCUUACAAGAGGACGCAGACAGCCUAGAAAUGAGAGCUAACAGCACCAUGAUCAAUGCAACAUUAUUACGAAACAAGGCUGAGCGAACGACCCUACGUGCUUUGGAUGCAGAGGCUAAUAUCACAGCAAUAUUUGACCGAAUAAAAGAUAUUGUGGGAGAAAUCAGCAACAUCCGUGAGGAGCUUGGCAAGGAGCUGUCUCUGGAUGAGUCUACUGCCCUCCUGGUGGAGGCACGCCAGAUUGUCAUGGACAUCUCCGACAGAGACAAUCUGUUCAUGUAUUCACAGCUGGGAGCAGAUGUAGAACUUGGGGAAGCCAAUAAGACAUUAGACAAAGCCAGGAAUUUCUUUGACGACAUCCUCGAUUUACAGCCAAUGAUUGAUCGUGGCCGCUCUGCCAUCGGAAACUUCACCAAGCAACUGGAAUUCCUGAUAGAAACAAGCCGCAAGGCUACCAACCAAUCUGGGAAUGCAACCAACAUCAACCAAGGCAGUAAUACUUUGAUGGAUUUGAUACAGAACAUUACAACGCAAACUGAAGACUUGAAGGAGACGAGCAAAGGGAAACUAACUGAAGCCCAUGAAUUCAUUGACAAAGCUUGGGAUCUGUUAGCUCUAGCCAACGCCUCUGGAGUGGGUCUUAGAGAGGAGUUUGCUCUUCUCUCCAAUGUGACAUCAGACUUGGGCUUCAAGGUGGGAAUCAUCCAGCAGAACUCCUUCGGCUUGGAUGAGUUAGUCCAGAGAGCUGAGGCACAUGCAGAGAAACUGAAAGGACAGGCACAACACUUGCAAGAAUUAUUUCAACCCACCAAAGACUAUGCAGAGGACUCCAUCCGAGCUGUCAAUGCUUACGGUCAGAUUCUGCUAGCCAUAGAUGAAGCUGAGCAGGCAGCUGGACAGGCCAUGGUUGCUGCUAACAAUGCCAGUUAUCAAGUGAGUCACCCUGAGCCCCUGGACAUCCUAGCCUUGCUGUCUCUAGAAAAGAGUCUCUCCCUGGACACUAACAACCUGUUCCCUAGAUUGGAAGAGUUGGAGGCAAUGCUAGAUGGGGUGCGGAAUGAUAUCACCAUGGUUACUGAGAAGAACGAUGAUGCGGAGAAGCGAUUGAGAGCCAUACAGGAGGCACUGCCUCCACUAAAAAUUGAUCUAACGACACCUGCACAAGAAGCUUUGGAUUUAUCCAUGUUAGCUCUGAACAAAGCAGAGAAUGUUGGAAAUAGAAUAGGAGGGAUCUCAAGACAGCUACCCGAGAUGGAGAAAAAAAUAGAACAAUUGAAGGAGGAUGUAAGAUUUGUGGAUGACGCCCUGGAAAUUGUCGGCAAUGCAACCAGGUAUUCUCGAUCCAGUGUCAACCAGAUUCGUCGGCUGUCCUCGUCAUUGAAUGGACAGGCCAAUGACAUGAAGGCACUGGAAGGCGACAUGGCGGUGGACCUCAGCAAGAUUAGAGAGAAGAUACGUCAAGCUCGCAACCAAGCAUCUAAGAUCAAAGUAUCAAUGUACUCCACCGGUGACUGUGCACGCUCCUACAAGCCUCAAGUCAGCCCGUCCACAUACAACUCUCUGAUCAUGAACGUCAACAUCACAAGCCCAACCAAUCUUCUGUUCUACAUCAAGAGCAACAGCAGUGAUGAGUUCAUGUUGCUGGAGACAAUCAACGGAAAGCCGUUCUUUCGUUGGAAUGUCGGAGCAGACGUUGGCUCCAUCAAGUCAUCUGAGGUCAUGCAACUGAAGGAAUGGUACAGGAUAGAGGCACAGAGGAUUGGUCAUGCUGGCUCCCUCAAAGUCCAGAAGUUGAUCUCAGAGGAGGACAACUCUAACCCAGAGAACACCAUGGAGCCUCCCGUAGUCUUGACGGGCAUGUCGGCCGUCGGGUCUAGCAUACUGGAUGUUGAUAGCUCCAGUCUCAUGUUUGUGGGAGGAAUACCCAGAAAAUAUGAUAGUGUUGUACAAGGAGUUGAAAGCAGAGAGUUCCGGGGUUGUAUGGGCGAGGUUAUCUUAGACGAUGUACCUGUGGGAUUGUGGAAUUUCAAGAGCAUCGAGGGACAAUGUCAGGGAUGUGGUAACAGCCCCAGCACCUCAGUGGUCGAGGAAGGGGUCUAUAACUUUGAUGGGACGGGUUACUCUCUCAUCCCUCGUCCCAGCAAAGGGGAAUGGAGAGAAAACACAAUUUCCAUUGCUUUCCAAUUGAAGACGCAAGCCGAAGAGGCACUGCUUUUCUACAUGGCUUCUUCAGAUCAGCGUGACUAUAUGGCCAUUGAGCUGAUUGACGGUUACAUGGUGGUCUCACAUGAUCUUGGCAGUGGAACUGGUAAAGUGUCCUCACGGGAAAGAGUCAACACAAAUACUUGGAUAUCUGUUAGCGUCAUAAGGAAUCGAGGGAACAGCAUUUUCUACAUCGACAACGUAUGGCAGGGAAACGGUGUAUCUGCAGGAACGCUGACGGGAUUAACCAUCGAGGAAUUUGCAUAUCUUCACGUCGGAGGCGUGCAAAGCUUCUAUAAUGUCAGGCGCGAUGUAACCACUCAGCCAUUUUAUGGAUGCAUCAAGUUCUUUGGUCUGUACGGUAACCAGCAGAACCUACUCCAGCCUGGUCUGUCAACAGGCGUUGAAGAUGGAUGCGUCAAACGAACCGUUCGGAGUCUGGGCCUACUAGAAGGUGCUCAGGUCAAGAUGCGUAACAUUGCCCUGGGAAAGAUAGCCGAUGUCUCUCUAACCUUCACCACCGCACAAGAGACUGGUAUCCUCCUGGCUGCCGGGAAGAUGGUGGAAGAUAGGACUAGGCGAGACGUGGACCCAGACCAAACUGAUGUAUCUUACGCUGUUGCGCUGGUUGCAGGUCGGAUCAGGGUUCAUAUCAAUGCAGGACAGGGACUCUUAACACUAACGACCCGCUCAUCUGCAGGUGUAUUCAAUGAUGGCAGGCCGCAUGUUGUGCUACUUCAAAAAGAGGAUUUCAGCAUUCGAUUGAUCGUCGAUGACGUAAUCGCUCGUAGCGGCAGACUCCCAGGAAGUGAGAGUUUGAUCCCAGUCACGUCCCCCUUGUACAUCGGCAGCGUACCUGCCUCAGUCAGGCUAGGCCCUGGCUUGCAGGAGAUGAGGCCACUGGUAGGAUGUGUCAAGGACCUGGUCAUCAUGGGAAGCCUUGUUGGAUUUGAGUCGGCCAGCUCUUUCAGCAACGCAACCAUUGGGAAGUGUAGCAUUGUCACCCCAAUCCCACCAUCAGAUAUCACUAAAGAAUCCACUGAUCCUCCUGUCUUGCAUGACUCUCCCGCUACGCCAGGUGAUGUUGAAAACAUAACAGAACCGAGUACGAGUACCACGUUUUCACCCAUGGGCUGUGCCUUGGCCAGGGAACCAUCUGCAAUCGCCAACGCCGUGCGAUUCGGUUUGUCGAUGGAUAGCCACAUUCAGAUAGCCAUCGACCCACUGCAGUUCGGCAAAGUGUUUUCUGUGAAUGUUGAGCUGCGGACCUCCUCCCAGGAAGGGAUGAUCUUCUUCCUGGGUUCCGACUCCAACCCUGACAUCUACUGCUCUGUGCAUCUCAAGAUGGGAUACGUCUUCUUCACCUUCAGUAGUGGGUUGAAGAAUGGUAACAGGAAUGUCUUGUCACACCACGCGAUUGAUGAUGGACAGUGGCAUGUUGUCAAAGUCUUGAAGAAUCGUAAGACCAUCUCCCUAACCCUAGAUGCCCACGAGACGCAGAAGGAGAAAUUCUCCAGAAGGGUCAACAUGGUGGACUUUGACUCACCUCUUUAUGUUGGCGGGGCUCCCUCUACCGACACUAGAACUAUCGAUGGAAUAGCAAUGCGGAGCUUUGAGGGUUGUAUACGUAAGAUUAGCGUCAACCAAGACGAGAUGGAUCUAAUGCAGCCUCAGAUCAGUAACAGAGUUACUCCUUGCUUCAUGAGUACUGAACCGGGAGCAUACUUCAGAGGCACGGGAUACGCCAUACUGAAUGAGCCAGUAGCAAUGGACGUGGACUUUGUGUUAAGCUUCAAGUUCCGCACAGCGCAACAGUUUGCCGUGCUUCUAUCCAUCCAAGAUAAUAAAGACGGGGGUCUUGCCUUAGAAAUCAUCAACAGAGAACUUGUCCUACGUGUUGAUAACAACCUGAACGGUCCGCGUCGCAUCACAUUCAACGGAGCCACUCAGGACAUUGCACUGUGUGAUAAUCAGUUUCACAUGGUGCAUGUCCUGCAGCAGGGCAGUGAGCUAAGACUGUUUGUCGACGAUGACAACUUUGAGUAUAACGGUGACGACGGGGCGACGGCGGAGACGAAUGGUACAAUAUCAGUUGGAGGUUUUCCAGAGCCAAUGUGGCAGCACUCAGGAACCAUCAAGACAGCCUUCAAUGGAUGCAUUCAAGACUUCCGUAUCAACCUGGGUAGACCUUACAUCUUCCUGUCUGCCUCAGAGUCAAUUGACGUCAUCCCAGAUCAGUGUCCCCUCACCUAGUUUCCCAAGACACCAGUCCUAAGAUGUCAACUCAGUUUUUGUAGGUAACGCUGCCAGAGUUCUUAAGGUGCUUUCACGGUGCUUUCAACAAUCAAUACCAAGUCAAUCAUCCCGACGCAAAUUCCAUUUCAUGAAUAAUUGAAUAGUUUGGUUGCGGUAACUG